AAGGCAGGGGAGGAGAUGGCUAUCAACAAGAAAUCCAACAAGCUGCCUCAAACAGCAGUCAUCAAGCAAAUCCUCAAGAGAUGCUCCAGCUUGGGAAAGAAGCAAAGCUACGACGAACAAGGACUCCCUUUGGAUGUCCCCAAAGGUCAUUUCGUUGUAUAUGUUGGCCCUAACAGGACCAGAUACAUUGUUCCCAUCUCUUUCUUGACCCGACCCGAGUUCCAAACCUUGCUUCAUCAAGCUGAAGAGGAAUUUGGGUUCGAUCACGACAUGGGCCUCACCAUUCCCUGUGAUGAAGCUGUUUUCCAGUCUCUAACCUCCAUGCUCAGAUGA